AUGCAUACAAACAUAACGCUAGUAAUACCCGCUCUUGCCUUUGACUUCGUACAUUUUGCCGAUCCUCUUUAUGAGAGUUUUGAACGAUUAACAGUCUUACCAGAGGAAGUUCUUAUGGUUGUAUCAAAUACCUCUAGUCUGGAACUUAAUACUACGAAGUAUAUAAAGGAGAAAGAGCGUUUCUUGCAGCUACAAGUAGACACAGGAAUGCGUAUCAGAUUACUCGAGUAUAAUUAUCCUGUACUACAAUCGGUUGCGAAAAACAUAGGUGCUGCGAGUGCUACGAGGCAGUGGGUGUCUGUAUUCGAUGUCGAUGAUGUACUGCACAGUCAGCGAUUCGAAGUUCUGGACCAGGUAUUUAAGGUAAGGCCAGAGGUCAAUGCAGUGCUCACACAGUUCUCAUUCACAACAAGUGCAGAAUUGAAAAACAACUCGGUGCCUGUCGAGCUGUAUUAUACAAUGGAUGAGAUCUACAACAGAACGUACGAUCCGCAAUGGAUUCGUGAGGAAUUUGCUGUACAUCUAGAGGAGAAUAAUAUGGCCUUAAAAGGCGAGACACCGUAUUCCUGGUGCUGCCCGUUUAUACCUAAUUCUCUAACAGCAAAUGGAUGGGUUAGUGUAAAGAAAGAUGUGUGGAUGAAACACCAACAACGAAAUAAUUUGCCGCUCGGUGAGGAUAUCGAAUUUAAUACGCGACUAAUAGCUGGGGGUGAGAACUUGACGGUAGUGUAUGCGAACCUGGGCUUCUAUCGAUGGAAGUCUGACGCGGAGAGACCAGAAUAAAACUACAA